GCAGUCAGGCACAUGUAAUGUUUCAUCGACUAGCCACAGUGUAGCACCAUGGAAAGUAAAACUAUGAUAUCGUUCUCCUCGGAAAAUUCCAAAGGUGAUUGCCCAGGAAGCCUAAGUGGGGAUAUAACAAAAUCUCGCAAAGGUCUUAUCGUGCUACAGGAAUGGUGGGGAAUGAACGAACAGAUACGAAACCAGGCUCUAGACUUAGCCACUAAGCGUAACUUUAUUACUCUUGUUCCUGAUUUAUACAGGGGUAAAUGUUCAGAUGACCGAGAGGAAGCUGGCCAUUUAAUGGCAGGUCUUGAUUGGAUGGGGGCUGUUAAAGACAUUCAAGGUGCGGCAAAGUACCUCAUUAGCAAAGGAUGCGCAAAGGUUGGUGUGACGGGAUUUUGUAUGGGAGGCGCGUUGAGCCUUGCGGCUGCCGCGUUGGUUCCAGAGAUCUCUGCAUCGGCGCCAUUUUAUGGAAUCCCUAGCCCCGACUUGUGUGACGUCACUAAAAUAACCAUACCAGUUCAAGGUCACUUCGCGGAACUUGAUAAUUUAGUUGGAUUUUCAUCUCCAAAGGAUGCUCAAGAAUUGAAGAGGAAAUGCGACGCUGCCAACGUACCAUUGACUCUGUAUAUAUACGAAGGAGUUGAUCAUGGGUUUAAUCAUGUAGGGGGGCCUAAUUACAAUGAGGAGUUCAGCACAUUGGCGUUGAAGCGCAUGAGCGAUUUCAUGAGCGAACAUUUAUAGACUUCAUACAUUUGUAAUAGGCCUAUUGUCUUCAUCAACAACAGAGACUUUUGAAGUAAUAUUCACGUCUUCGCUUGUAACCGUCACAACCACAUUUAGUAUCAUCAUUUAUUGCGCAGUUCUAUACAUAUUCUUACAUAUGGACGACAAUUUAUAAGGAUAUCACACUUAUGGACGUAAAAGAACAAAUACCGUGUUAGUUCAACAAACCAUGAUAGUUCUACAGACA